GGGAUUUCUGUCAGUAUGCAAUGUGUGCAGCUAACACGCUAGCAGAGCAAAGAUAACUUAUCUACGACUAACUUGCUCCUCUUCACAAACAAGUCAGCUCUGAGUGACUCUUAAAAUGGAUUUGGAAGAUGACACCACUGUGUUCGCAACAUUGAAGUCCUUCAAUUCCUUCAUCAGCCGCACUGAGCCUCCACAGCGACUGUCAGAGCACUCAGCGGGUAGUGGAAACCUGCAGAGUCAGUACAAACGCAGCAUGGAGUUGUUGGAGGCAGCAGAGAGGGUUCACUCUCAGAAUCGGUACCUUCAGCUGGACCAAGAGAAGAAGCAGAUGGAGCUGAGUCACAAGCGAGCUCGGUUUGAAUUGGAGAAGGCUGCUUCUGAUAGUGCACGAGACUUGGAGCAUGAGGUUGACCGGAACCAGGACCUCCUGGGGCGAAUAAAAAAGUUGGAGGAGAGAGAGACCGGAGCAGCUAAGAACCUAUCAGAGCAAGUAGAGGCAAAUCGUACUCUCCGUAAAAACCUGGAGAGCCUGAACAAGAAACUGGAGGAGCGAGACAUUAGAUUGAACACUGCUAACCAGACCAUCAGUUCUUUGAAGGAUGAGAUCAGAGAGCUGAAGCAGAAGGUUCAAAACCAAGACUCAACAAUUUCUACUCAAUCUCUGGAAAAACAGGAACUGCAGGAACAAUUAGAUCUACAACGCAGGAAGUAUCAGGAAGUGUCUCAGCUUUGCCAAAGUCUCCAAGCUGCCCAGUCCUCCUGUUCAGACCACAUCAUCAAGAUUAAGGAGCUGGAGAGACGUCUUGCCCUCCAGGAGCAAGAUGUCGCCAUUGUGAAGACUGUUAAGGCAGAGGUGGCGAGGGUUCCAGACCUGGAAAAGGAGUUGAAGCGCCUCCGAGAGGAUAAUGCCUUUCUCAGGGAGAACAGAGAGAAUUGCAGCCUGUUGAAAGAGGAGGUGGAGGGGCUGAGGAGGAAGCUGGAGAGGAUGGCUAAGACAAAAGAAGAGCUGGUCAAUAUGGAACUGGAGAAGGAGCGGUUGGCAGAGAAGCUACAAGCCUGGGAAAACCUAGGCCAAUCUACAGGACUCAACAUCAGGAAACCAGAGGAUCUGUCCAGGGAGGUGAUUCAGAUCCAGCAGAGAGAAUUUGCUCUGAAAGAGCAGAACUACACACUCAACAGCCGUGUGAGGAGUGUGGAGCGUUCACAGUCUGAGCUUCGUGCAGAGCUGUCCCAGCAGCGCAGCAAGACUCUGGAGGAGCAGAAGAAGAGGGAGACACAGGAAGCUCUUGUCCGUCGGCUACAGAAGAGAGUACUUUUAUUAACCAAGGAGCGUGAUGGAAUGCGGGCCAUACUCGAGUCGUACGACAGUGAACUGGCACCUACUGAGUAUUCUCCUCAACUCAGUAAACGGCUCAGAGAGGCAGAGGACUUGCUGCAAAAGACGCAGAACCACAAUACAGAGAUGGAGGCCCAGCUGAGCAAAGCACAGGAAGAGACAGGGGCUCUGAAACUGCAGCUGCAAACAGUGGAGCUGGAGCUGGAGUCUGUGAAGAAGCAGCAGGCCUCUGCUGCUGACAGCAGUUCUUUAGUGAACAAAGAAGAGGUCAGCAUACUCAGACAGAAAAUUGAAGAUUUAGAGGCAGAGCGGCAACGUUUGGAGGAGCAGAACAACAUUCUGGAGCUGAGACUGGAGAGACACAACCUUCAGGGAGACUAUGAUCCAGUGAAAACCCGAGUUCUCCACUUCAAAAUGAACCCUACCACUGUUGCCAAGCAACAGCGGCAGCAGGAAGUUGAGGCUCUUCGGGAGGAAGUGACGCGUCUCAGGGAACUUGUGCGCUCAUUGCAGGAUGGAGGCGCUCUGGUCCAUUCACAAGAUGAGUCCAGUAUGAACACCCCCAGCCUCGGCCUCAGUUUGCCGCCAUCAAAGGAGGUGCUGGAUUUGCGUAAGCAGAUGGAGAGCUCAGAGCUCAGGAACAAGAGACUGAAGGAGGUGUUUCAGAGGAAAAUUCAGGAGUUCCGCACAGUCUGCUAUGUCCUGACUGGCUAUCAAAUAGACAUCACCACCGAGAACCAAUACAGGCUCACCUCGGUCUAUGCAGAGCACAUGGACGACUCCUUGCUCUUCAAAAAGGGCUCCAAUGGAAGCAUGCAGCUCAUGGAGACCGAGUUCUCCAAAACUCUGGGAGAGAUGGUGGCCCUUCACCUGCAUCACCAGAAGAGCAUCCCGGCGUUCCUCUCCGCCGUGACCCUCGACCUCUUCAGCCGACAGACCACAAUCUGAAGAUAUUCACAGCGUGUUCAAAAUGUGUCGGUAUUUCUCAACAACUCUUGACAUGCGAGCAGUGCAGUCAGCGCUGUGUUGUGGAGGAUGAACACCUUGUUUGAUGGAAUCCUUCCCGCUUACAUUCAAACGCCUAAGAAAGCUACUCGGUGUCCCUAUUUGUACGCUGAAUAUUUCAUCAAUGACACUUUGAGAAAUACAUUUUUCCUUUAGAGAACAAAGUUGUCAUGAAAAUGACACACAAAAGACGCUGAUGUUUGGAUUUGAAGCUUGUUUUUUAUUUUUAUUAUUUUUUUUUUUUUUUACAGUGGGAGUUUGAGAUGCAUUUCCCACCGAGUUUAAUUCACACCGCGUGAAGCCAAAGAAACGUUGGUGUGGUUCUCUGCAUCUGCAGCAGAUGUGUUUUGCAUUGUCUUCACUGGCUGAGUCUCCGUCAGCUCUUUUUUAUUCUUCCUCUCUCUCUCUCGGGCCUUACAAUUAGUCCAAGCCAGUCUAAAAACAGUGUUAAAGGAAUCAGUUUGAAUACAAAAUCUGGGAUUUUUUUCCCUUUUGCUCAUUGAUGUCCUGGAAUAUAUCAGAAUCUGAAGUUAGUUUUCAUCAGCAUGCGACAUUGUCAGUGCCGUACACAUGAUUCUAUUGUUUUAAUGAGUGUUUAUGAGUUUGAAUUGGAGAUAAAAUCUAAACUCAAGUUUCCUGCAUUCGUCUCUCCCUGGUGCCGAGACAAGAGCCGACAGCAGCACGUUCAAAAUGAGCUCUACGGUUAUCCGUUGCAAAAAAAAAAAAACAAAAAAAAGAAAAACAAUAUUUGAUCUUUGAUAGCCUCACCAUGUUCAAAAUAAGCA